GAAACUGCACAGACAGGACUCUAAAGUUAGACUCUCCUGAUUUUUCACAAGAUGCUGGACUGGAGAUUAGCAAGCGCACAUUUUAUCCUGGCUAUGACACUGAUGCUCUGGAGCUCAGGAAAAGUGCUCCCAGUGGGUGUCACAACAGAGGCCUUUGAUUCUGGAAUCUUAGGUGUUCAGUUAUCACCCACAGUCAGAGAAGAGAAGUCAGCCACUGACCUGGCAGCAAAACUCUUACUUCUUGAUGAACUUGUAUCUCUGGAGAAUGACGUGAUUGAAACAAAAAAGAAAAGAAGCUUCUCUGGGUUUGGUUCUCCCCUGGACAGACUCUCAGCUGGCUCUGUAAGUCACAAAGGUAAACAGAGGAAAGUAGUAGAUCAUCCAAAAAGGCGAUUUGGUAUCCCUGUGGAUCGGAUUGGAAGAAACCGGCUUUCAAAUUCCAGAGGCUAAUGGAUUCCAAUCACACAACUUCCUUGGGUGAAAUGUCACAGAAACAUGGAAGAUAUUUUGAAGUUCUUCACACUCCUUAAUGAUUAAACUUCUAAGGAAACUUCUGUCAUCCUUUCCAGAGCUUGAACUUCUGUUCAUCACAUCACAGUAUUGUUAUAACUUCAAUUAAAUUGUGCAGAUAAUUUCAAUGCAUGGAUAUUUUUAAAAUAUAUAUUUUAGUUAUUCAUGAAUGGUUACUACACCCCAAACAUUACUUUUCUAAGAAACACAAUACAUUGAAAUGCUUUCUGUGUGCCUUUACCAUUUACAUAUAUGAAAUUGAAGAAUAAUAACUAAAG